GCUGCACUCUUUACCCGCAGUUGACAAGGAUUCGCGGCUCCAUCAGGCCAUCCACCUCCACUCGCCUGCGACUAUACCAGGAACAGUAUCAAGGCCCGGCCUAGCGCCUCCAAGCCGCAUUAACCAUGCAAGUUUCGUGCUUUCUUUAUGCUGAUUGAAGGCGCCUUUCUCAGAAACUUCAGCCGUCUCCUCAUCCUGGCCUGCCUGCCUGCCGCUGCUGCAACCUUGCCCCUGGUGCCUUGUCCUCGCAUGAGGUCGCGAGAGCAUGGCCGCAUCUGUCAGCUCGGCCCUUGCCCCUGUGUGACGGUUAUCCUGCCCAUACGAACGAGAGCCGUUGGCCGUCGGGGAUUUGAUCUUAUUCCAAAUGCUAAAUUUUAUUCUCGCAUUCUUCUUUCCCCUGUCCCUGACUCCUUGGGUCCUUGUAGCGACGACCCGUGGUAUGGAUCGCAAGCAUCCUGAAGCUGCUGGGUCUCCAUAGACACGAUGGAGAGCCCACAAACGUGGGCGGGUCGCCGGGGCCGUCAACCAUCCACGUAUGGAGGUGGACUUCCUCACACGGUGAUCGCUUCAGCUUUCGUGAAGGCUGUGAGCC